UGCGCAGUAGAAGGAGGUGCGCGAGCCGUGUGGGCUUGUGCUUAGGCGCUUGUGUUUCGGGGCCUUGUGCUGGCACCGGGGGCGCCGGGCUGGCGACUCUGGCACUCUUGGGGUUGGGUGGGCGUCAUCUUGGGGGGAGGGUCACAUGAGCCAGUGGCAUCAUGCCCGUCGGCGUUGGGGUCAGCGUCGCGGCUUUUCCGGACGUUCGUCGGCCAGGAGGAAGGGCGGAAAGCACAUCCCGGAAAGAUGGAAAGACUAUCUCCCAGUUGGACAGCGGAUGCCUGGGACUCGUUUCAUUGCUGUCAAAGUUCCUUUAAAAACGAGUUUUGAAAAGAAUCUUGCUCCAGAGGAAUGUUUUUCCCCCUUCGAUCUUUUUAACAAACUCCAAGAACACAACGAAAAACUUGGGCUGAUUAUUGACUUAACAUAUACUCGCCGCUAUUAUAAGCCAGAGGACUUACCAGAAACUAUUCCUUAUUUAAAAAUUUGUACAAUUGGGCAUCAGGUGCCAGAUGACGACACUAGUUUUAAAUUCCAAUGUGCUGUUAAUGGGUUUCUGAAAGAAAAUAAAGAUAAUGACAGACUUAUUGGUGUCCACUGUACCCAUUGUUUAAACAGUACUGGCUACCUCAUCUGCAAGUGAGUUGCCAACUCCAAGAGGCAGACCAUGUUUAAAUUAUUCUGUUUACAACAGUAAUGUAAGCUAAUGUAAGCUGAAUGCAAUAAAUGCAGUCAGAGAAAUGUAUGAAGUGGUAGGCAAUUUUGCCCCCUACUCAGAGGUUAUGACCAGUAAUAAUUUAGCACAUAUUUUUUGAGACAUAAAAAUGCAGAUAUAAGCAUAUACAAUGGUCCCUUGGUAUCUGCAGGGGAUUGGUUUUAGGACUCCCCAUGGAUACCAAAAUCCGCGGAUGCUCAAGUCCCGUAUGUAAAAUAGUGUAGUAUAGUCGGCCUUCCAUAUCUGCAGGAUAUGGAACAGUUGGAUAUACAGCACUUACUGUACAUGUGAUUUAAUGGUACAGUAUUUAGAUAUUCUGGUUUACAAUUUAAUGUAUGGUGGACAUCUUCCUAUGAAAAUAUUUGGAGACCUCAAUCUUAUUUAUUUAUUUAUUUCCUCCAAAUUUGAUUUAUGUAGUUGGAUAGAAAUUAAUGAACAAAAACGUAUGCAAGAUACAUGUAACAAUUUACUGGAACCUGAUACUCUAAUUCUUUCAGUUUUUCUCAAACUCACCAUGCGGCUUGUAAGAAAAGUUCUAGAGGCAUGACUGUGCUUGGCAUGCUUGAGGAAUAGUAAGGAGGCCAGUGUGGCUGGACGGGGGAAAGUGAAUGAAGGCAGGGCAGUAGAGAAUGGGAUCAGGGAGGCUGGCCGGGGAAAGGAGGGAGGUGGAUGAGGUCGGUCGUUGUAAGUCAUAGUUUGAACUUAUAAUUCAGUUGGAGAGACAGACAUAUUUGUUUAUAAAGAGUUCUCAAUGCUAUGCUAAAAACUUAAACUUUAUUCUGUGCUAAGUAAAGGUGUUUAAGCAACAGAGCAAUCCAGCGAAGUUUAUAUUUUAGAAAGAUAACAUCUUCCAUGUGGAGGAGCAGUUGAAAUAGACUUUCUUUUCUUUUCU